AUGGAGAGGAAAAGUAUUGGAGAUGUGGUGGUUCUGUGGCUUUGGUUUCUGUCCUUAGCAACUAUAACCAUCCAGUUUAGUUUGAGUGACGGAACUUCAGAUGUCAUCUGCAGUGCAAGAGAAAGAAGAGCACUCCAGAGAAUCAAACAAGGCCUUGUGGAUCAGGGAAACUACCUCUCUUCAUGGACCCGUGAAGCCUGCUGUUCAUGGAAAGGCAUUGGCUGUGACAACAUAACUAGGCAUGUUGUCAAGAUCAACCUCAGUUGUGAGCCCAUGGAAGGAGCUUCCUUGGGUGGGGAUAUAAGUACUUCUUUGUUGGACCUGAACCAUCUUCAGUACCUCGACCUCAGUUGGAACAGCUUUGAAGGACUCCAGAUUCCAGAAUUCCUUGGUUCCCUGACAGGUUUAAGGUAUCUUAAUCUCUCCAAUGCAGGUUUGACUGGUGAUGUUCCUCGUCAACUUGGAAAACAGUCGAGCUUACAGUAUCUUGAUAUUGGAGGCAUUUCUCUAGAUACCAAGAACCUUGACUGGAUCUCUUCUCUUUCCGUCCUUGAAGUUCUUGACAUGAGCUGGGUGGACCUAAACAAAGCGUCUAAUUGGCUACAAGCAAUGAAUACGCUCCAUUCUUUGUCAGUUCUAAUCUUGUCUGACUGUGGGCUCGAUAGCAUCAAUCCUCUUCCAGUUGUGAAUUUUUCGUCUCUCACUGUCCUUGACCUCUCAGAGAAUCAAUUUGUUUCUCCAACAUUUGACUGGUUUUCUAGCCUUGGAUCACUUGCUUCACUUGAUCUAAGUUCCAAUAACUUCCAUGGACCAAUUCCUACCACUCUUUGCAACUUAACUGCUCUAAGAUCCCUUCAUCUUUUCAAUAACAGCUUCACUUCUACUAUACCUGAUCGCUUGAGUCACCUAACUAGCCUUGAAACUGUAGACCUGUCAAACAAUGCCCUUGAAGGGGAAAUCCCAAGAUCAUUGGGAGAACAUUGCAAUCUACAAAGGCUAGAUUUGUCAUCUAAUAAACUUGUCAAAGGUUUAGAGUUUCUAGACCUUGGAGCAGAUGAAGUUUCAGGUCAUUUUUCGAAAUGCUUAUCAGUUCUUUCUGAUGGGAAUAGUUCAUCUUCUGGACCAACAUCUGUAUCUGUAAGAGGCUCGUCAUCCUUGAGUUACUUAGAUAUGUCCGGGAAUUCUCUGAAGGGUAUAGUGUCUGGAAAGCACUUCGCUAAUUUGACAAGGUUGAAAUAUUUACAUGCUUCUUCAAACUCGUUUACAUUGCAAGUAGGUUCUGACUGGAAUCCUCCAUUCCAACUAGAAAUUUUGAAAAUGGGAUAUUGGCAGUUGGGGCCUUUAUUUACUGCAUGGCUGCAAACGCAAAAGGAUCAGAUGGAUCUAGACAUAUCCAGAGUGUGA